UCCUGACCCUAAACAGGAUCUUUUAAAGAAAAAAAAGCGGUGUCCCUAUGCCUUAUAAGGCAUGGGCAGGCUUACUCCAGUGCUGAAGGGGCGGUAACGGGUUCAUGUUGCUGAGUUUUCUUCAGCUGCGGUCGCAGGCGACUGAAGAAGUUGCGCUGAAAUUGCAAACGCUUCGUUCCCUGGCACUUUGCAGCGAAACUCAGUCAAGAGAGGAGGCAGCAGGCGAAAUUUAAAAAAAAAAACAAACAAAAAAACCAAAUCCCAAACCACCACUUGAUCAUGGGAAAAUCAGCUUCCAAACAAUUUGCUGAAGAAGUCUUGAAAGCACACAAUGACUACAGGAAGAAACACGGAGUCCCCCCAUUAAAACUCUGCAAGAAGUUAAACAGAGGAGCCCAACAGUAUGCAGAAGAAUUGGCUACCACGAGGGUCCUCAAACACAGCUCUGAGUCUGCUAAUGGAAGAUGUGGAGAAAACCUAGCAUGGGCAUCCUAUGACCAACCAGGAAAGGAUGUGGCUGACAGAUGGUACAGUGAAAUAAAAAAUUACAGCUUUCAAAACCCAGGGUUUUCUUCUGGGACAGGUCACUUCACAGCAAUGGUUUGGAAGAACACAAAAAAGAUGGGAGUUGGAAAAGCAUCUGCUAGUGAUGGCUCAACAUUUGUGGUGGCUAGAUAUGAUCCAGCUGGAAAUGUAGUAAAUCCAGGCUAUUAUGAAGAAAAUGUCCUUCCUCCAAGAAAAUAACUUUUUGUUUUUCUAAAGUUAGUCUUAUUGCUUAAUGACAAGUGAACCUGGAUUUGGACUUAACAGUGUUUGAAAUGAAGUACGAUUCAAUGAAAUUUCCUGGUUGAUACUGCUGUUCACUUCUCAUUACAGAGGAAGCAAUUACAUGUUGCUUGAGUUGAUCUGCACAUGAGGUCCCUGUUGUUUCUGAGGGGGCUUUGGUUUAUUUGAGGAUGAGGUAUAUACAGCAUUUCUGAAGGAUAACAUUUAUAAGGUUUUGGUUUGGUUUUUUUUUUAAUAGUUUGCAUGAACUCUGUGUCAGCAUGUGAGUAAGCACAUGUUGGAUGUCUUUUUUAAACAGGCAAAUUUAUAGCUUACUGUAAACUGAAGAUACCAGCUUGUAAUUAUAUCAUGUACUCCCAGUUUUCCAGUAUUUUUUAAUAACUGUAACUCCUUUGCUCUGUCUAUACCUCCUGCUACUGUGGGGCCUUCUCUCUGCAGAUGGAACAUAUGCAAAACUUCCCGUAUGAAAGGUACACAUGUAAAAUGUAGCGGCGUUCAGAUUUACGUGUUUUCAUUAAGACAAUCUCACAGAACACUAAAACAUAGUUGUCAGGAUUGUAUCCGUCAAGCAAGCCAUAACUGAUGCGUGACCUGAGAGCUACUAAAAUUGUUUAAAUCCCAGAGUUACGUUUUAGGUGCUAAUGUUUAAAAUCUAUUUGAGAUGAGUGUAUUUCAAAUUCAAACCCCAUCUUACAGUUUGCAGUAUGUACAUUGUCUUAUAAUCAAAUCGCUUCCUUCUGUUACAGGAAAGUAAGAUACUACUUUUUCUGUUAGAUGUUUUACACACAAAAAAAUGUAUUGGAUGGAACACAUUGGAUUUUAUUUCUCAAUAACUUAUUUUUAUUUUCUCAGGAAUACCUUCUGCAGGUAUCAUGCUAUACAGAUAAUAACAUUCCCAAAUCAUAUCUUGUCUCCUUCAAUAAUGUCACAGUGGGAGAUACACACAUGAUUAUAAUUCAGAGAUGUUUACUCUUUGUUCAUAUCAUUCAGUAAUAGUAAAAAUAUUUCACAUGAUGGAGUGAUGCCUUGAAAAAAAUCAGAUUGAAUUUCCUUAAAAGCAAGCAAGCAAAAUUUCUGAGGACACUUUUUUCUCCUAUGAAAUGUGGAUUUAGGCUAUUUUGGCCAGGUUCAUAUACUGUGCUUCAAUUUGGGGUUUUCUUUUCUUUGUAAAUGUUUCUUUUGAUGUCUGCUGAGAUUCUGUAUGCCAGAAUUUGGUUCAUGGAGAGUGCCAUUACAGAAAUACUUUCUUUUGUUUACACAGUUGUAAUAAACUGCACUGUUAUGGCUUGAUUAUAUGUCACUGUGAUGCUGAAUGUUACAAUCUUUUUGCUGUAACCAAGAAGUUAACACAUAUAAUGAACGUCU